UGACCAUUGACAGUUCAUAUUGCCUAGUGGGUGGUCGUGUUGCUAAAACAAGACAGCACCCGGUGAAGAACGCUAGAAGCUAACAAACGUCUUUUUUCACUCGUUAUAAUGUUAUGAAUUGAUACCUGCUUUGCAAUCAAUUUACCGGAGUAUAGACGCAUGAAACCAAGGUCAGGUGUAUGAAGGGAGGACGUGGAGAGUGGUCCUGAAGAUGAGGCGUCUGUACAGGAAGAAAGCCCUGAGUCUGGUUAAGGAGCUGGAUGCCUUCCCCAAGGUCCCAGAGAGCUAUGUCGAGACCACAGCCACAGGGGGGACAGUGUCCUUGAUAGCAUUCACUGCCAUGGCACUGCUGGCCUUCUUUGAGUUCUUUGUGUAUCGGGACACCUGGAUGAAGUAUGAAUACGAAGUGGAUAAAGAUUUUUCAAGUAAAUUGAGAAUAAACAUAGAUAUUACAGUUGCCAUGAAAUGCCAACAUGUGGGUGCAGACAUUCUGGACCUGGCAGAGACUAUGAUAACAUCAAAUGGUAUUCAGUAUGAGCCUGUGAUUUUUGAGCUGACCCCGCAGCAAAAACUGUGGCACAGGACCCUGUUGCUGAUACAGAACAGGCUGAGGGAGGAGCAUUCUCUACAGGAGGUCUUGUACAAGAGUGUUCUAAAGGGAGCCCCUACGGCCUUGCCCCCUAGAGAGGGCACCGCCUCAGAGCCCUUAAGUGCCUGUAGGAUACAUGGGCACGUCUACGUCAACAAAGUGGCUGGGAACUUCCACAUCACAGUGGGAAAGCCUAUUCAUCAUCCUCGUGGCCAUGCUCAUAUAGCAGCUUUUGUAAGCCAUGACACGUACAACUUCUCCCAUCGGAUAGACCAUUUGUCUUUCGGAGAAGAGAUCCCCGGCAUCAUCAAUCCUCUGGACGGGACAGAGAAAAUCACCAGCAACCAUAAUGAGAUGUUCCAGUAUUUCAUUACGGUGGUUCCUACCAAACUGCACACGUCCAAGGUGUCGGCAGACACACACCAGUUCUCUGUGACGGAGAGGGAGCGGGUGAUCAACCAUGCGGCGGGCAGCCACGGUGUGUCAGGGAUCUUUAUGAAGUACGACACCAGCUCUCUGAUGGUGACGGUCAGUGAGCAGCACAUGCCCCUCUGGCAGUUCCUGGUACGACUCUGUGGCAUCAUCGGGGGUAUCUUCUCCACCACAGGCAUGAUCCAUGGGUUUGUUGGCUUCUGUUUCGACAUAGUCUGCUGUCGCUUCAAACUAGGCCCAUAUAAACCUAGAGAGGUGGUUCUCCCAGAUCCCCAUGUGAACAAUUGUGCUGCUCCGCUCCUGACGGACAACCACGUACAGGAGUAGCCCUGUGACCUGCCUUCAUAUCCACAAAGCUCUCUGAGUAGGAGUGCUGAGCUUGGAUCAGUUUUGCCCUUUUAAGAUAAGAUUGUAUGGACAGAUCCUAGAUCAGCACUCCUACUGUGAGACGCUUUGUGGAUAUGGGACCUGGAGCCUGCUGCUGAUCAUGCACAUACUGUCCCUUCACCUGUGGGGGAAUCCAGGAAGAGAAGUCUCCAAUCACAAGUAUGUGGAUUGCUGGGAUUUUGGUUUGAACCAAAUAAGAGUAAACUGAUUAGGAUCUGACAAUCAUAAUUGUUCUAUUUAUUGUUUUGGACAGUAUCCUCAUAUGACUACCAUUAUAAUAUAUUUAUAUCCUGUAAAUAUGUAUUUUACACUGGAAAAUGGAAAGCAGCUAACUCCCCAGUUUUAUCAGGCUUAGUGUGUAAAGGUAUUGGGACGUUGUCAUCUGUAAGUUAGGCUGAAUGAAAUCUGAUCCUUCUAUGUUAUCAUUCAUACCAUUAACUUGCAUGUCAUGUUUGUUCUAUUUCUAUCUAUUUACACUGUUGUUCAGUAUCUGUUUCACAUCUGUCAAUGGGAGAUGUCCUAUUAAACGUGUUUUAGUGCACUUCAUAUUCA